AUGUCCAUUAUUCUCGUUCCUGGCAUUGGGACUACCUCACCAGAAAACUGGCCGUUUGCUAAUGAGAAAUGGCUCGCCAGCCUGCCCGGCUCCGGCGCUGGGGCACGAGUUCUCGCGUACGAAUAUGCUUCACCAUUCGCGGGUACCAAGCCUUCAUGGGAGUCGAUGUUGAUGUUAGGCUACGACUUUCUCCAGCAUUUAAGUGACGAGCGAUCACAAUUUGACUCCGAUCCUACCACCAGCAGGCCAAUUUUGAUAUUUCCUCGGUAUGGAUCCAUUGUCAACGCCAUAGCUGGCGUUGUCUUCCUAAGCACUCCACAUCGCUACGGCGACAAGACCACGAGCUGGAAUAGGUUUCGAGACAUCUUGGAUGCAACAACUGGUAGAAACCUCAAAAUCCCGAGCGCCAAUAUUGCGCAAGAAGGCUCCAUUUUGCUAGACCUCGCAGAUAGAUUUGAAGGGAUCGCAUUCCGUACCCCUAUACUAUCGGUCUAUGAGCUAAGAGAAUCGAAAAACAGUUCAAUCCCAUUGCGCCCCAAGUACCAAUUGGUCAACCGUGAAGCUUGUUCGACCCACGCGCCAAUGGAAACCGUCAUUGGCCUCAAUCUCAACCAUCAUGAUACAUGCCUUUUCACCAAAAGCGUUGGCGGUGAAGGCUUAUCCGAGCUCAGCAAGUUUAUUUAUGAGACUUUGGACAAUGCUGUGCACCUUGUUGCACGUCGGCUCGAGGACCUUGAGCAAAUGGAGCUGACCGAAUGGCCUUCGAACAAUGCAACAGAAUGCCCAUCGAAUAGAGCAACAGAAGGAACAUCUCUUUCGGGGUUUGAAGUGGUAUAUUCUACUGCACCAAAGGCUGAGAAUAAGAAGACCCUUCAUCUACCCUGCUUCCUUCUCACCACGCAUUUUGCAAAUGCUGAUUUCUGCGGCCGCGAAGAUAUCUUGGAGCGUCUUGCGGCCGAGCUCCUACCCUCGAAGAACAUAGUGAUGGCGUCAGGCACCGCUCUACGACAAUUUGCGCUUUGCGGAUUCGGCGGGAUAGGAAAGACAGAAAUAGCCCGCGAGUUCGCCCGACGUCACAAAAAUUGCUUUGAUGCUGUGUUCUGGGUCGUGGCGGAUGAAAUUGCGAAGCUUGACCACCAUUACCAGCAAAUUUCGUUAGCACUGGGGCUCGAAGAUCCAUCCGAGAGCAAGAGUCAGGUUGUCAGCAGGGAGAUUGUGAAAGGAUGGCUCUCCAAUCCCCGAAAGCACCUAUCGGGGUCGGAUGACCUUGCUCAGCCUAGUCAAGCUGUGUCAGAGGCGACCUGGCUACUUAUAUUCGACAACGCCGACGACCCAAUGAUCUUGGCGGACUACUGGCCCCAGGGUAGUGGAUCAAUUCUUAUCACCAGUCGCGACCCAUCGGCCAAAAGCAGGUUUACCAGAAGACCUUCAGGCCUGGAUCUCGGUCCACUUUCUCAGCAGGACAGCCUAUCCCUCUUGAACCGUCUCACCACCAUUUCCACCGAACCAGAAGACGCUGCAGCGCGGCAAAUCUCUGAUGCACUUGGUGGCCUCCCUCUGGCCAUCUCCCAGAUGGCCGGUAUCAUCCGGCGACAGGACCUCACCUUGUCCGAAUUCUUCGAGCUGUACACUGAUCAUGAAGAACAUGCCAGUCUUUACGACACAAAAUUCGAUACCAAUUUGGUCACAUAUCCUCACUCUCUCUCCACUGUCUGGGCGUUUGAGAGGCUGAAGCCUCAAGCUCGGCAGUUAUUGGAACUGAUUUCAUUUCUUGAUCCGGAUGUCAUCAGAGAAGACUUGUUGAUGGAAGCAUCGGUGGAACUGCUUUCCGAGGGCGCACCGUUCAAAAAGAGUAAUUAUAUUGAGGCUCGAUCCGAUCUCUUGCAGUCAUCGCUAGUCCAAAGAGAUAAACAACAGCAGCAGAUAUCGGUCCAUCGUAUAGUACAAGACGUUAUCUUGGCAACGAUGGAUGUCGCGAAGAAACGAUUCAUGUUCGACAAAGUCGUACGAAUUCUUUGGGCCGACUGGCCAUCGGCUAUGCCCAAGCCAUCCAAGGAGCCAGAGCUACCGCAGCCAAAAUCAAGCGGAGGCAGGUUAUAUGUCGGAAGGUGGCCUGCUUGUGCGGCGAUUUACCCCCACGUUCUAAGGAUACAUCAGCUCUGGUCAUCUAUUUCAGAUCUUUCCGACGUUACCAGGUUGCUUUUCGCAAAACUACUGACCGAGGCUGCAUGGUAUCAAAAAGAGCGUGGACGUACAAAACAGUUUGACGGCUUUUUCGACACUGCUCGCAGUAUUUGCGACGCCUCAACACAUCCAGAUCGGGAUUCCCUGCUUGCAGACAUUCACUUUUGUUUAGGAGCUAUCGCCAUGGAUGCGAGCGAUUUCGACGCCAGCCGCAUCCACAAGGAACGUUCUCUCGAUCUAGUCUCCAAAAUCUGCCAAGAACUGGGAACUGCAGACGAGAGAUUAUACCUCGCCUACGCAGAGCGGGGCAUCUCACGCAUCCAGGACAGACGAUACCAGGAAGGCGAGGCGGACCUCAAGGAGGCGCUGCGGAUCCGAAAAGCCCUCGGCAACUACAUUCCCCGGUCGGGCGAGGCCAAUCUGAGCUGGGCUCUUCUUGCGCAGGGCAAGUUGGAAGAGUGCAACACGCUUCUCCUGGACAGUUUGAUGGGCAGGGAAAAGUCCCUUGGCAAAAACGAUAGGGUGGAUGUCCGGACUGGACUGAUCCUUUAUGCGCUUGGCAACCUCCGUGCUGCGCAAAAUCGAUGGGAUGAGAGCUUUGAAUACCACCAGAGAGCGUGGCACCACAUGCUCGGCACAGUGGGCGAGAGAGAUUUCUACACUGCAAAUGUCGCGCAUAAGAUUGCAGAGCACCUCAUCCGCUCAGGCCGGAACGAAGAGGCGAUAGCUAUGAUCAACGCAGCGCUGGACAUCUGGUCUGUGGAUCAGAGUGCACACAAGAACGAAAUUGCUCGGACCACUUUCCUCAAGGGCAAAUUGUUCGAGACGACGGGCAAGAUUCAAAAAGCUUCCGUCGCUCUUAGAGUCGCCUGUCGCAUGAGGAAGGAGAUCACCAAGGAGGAUCGGGAUGUGAAGAGCUUGAGGACUGAGGACUUUGACGAGAUUGUUGCUUUUUGGGCUCGCUGA